AUGACUUACAGAGAGGAUUCGGAUUUUGUAUAUUCUUACAACCAGGUAGAACGUCAUAGGGAUAACAGCAGUUUCACUGACGUCAAGAUUGAAAGAAAAUCAAAACUUGCUAUUGCUAUGAUUUCUAACUGUUUUGCCACCAACAACCGUCUUGAGUAUAUCCAGGAACUCAGAAAGCACAUGCCUCUAGAUUUCUACGGACACUGUGCAGGCCGCGUGUGCUCGCCGGGUGCAUGUAAUGAUGCAGCUAUGAAGAAAUACAAAUUUUAUCUUGCUUUUGAAAAUGGUAACUGUAUGAGUUACAUCACGGAAAAAUUCUGGAACCCCUUGCUAUUGUUCGAGGCUGUACCAGUGGUACUGGGGGGAUCAUCGCCACGUGACUACGAACUAGUAGCGCCCCCUGGCUCUUACAUAAACACGGCUGACUUCUCUUCCCCCAAAGAGUUAGCUGCUUAUUUAUUAAAGUUAGAUAAAAACGACCAGUUAUACAUGGAGUAUCACAAAUGGAGGAGGAACUACAGGGUGAAAUCGCUCGGGCUUCACUCACAGAGAGCAUGGAAAAUAAGCCCACCCCAUCCGGCUUGGUGCGAUCUGUGUACAGCUGUGCAUAAUUCGUCUUUACCUCCCCAAGUCUACACCGACUUAGAAUCUUGCAAAAACUUCAAAAAACACCAACUCUCCCUGGAGACUACUGCUAAGGUGGCCAUUAGUCUAACUCCUCGUGAAUACUCGGGCUUUACAGAGUUCAUCGUGACCAUGUAG